CAGCCACCACCUCACCACACCCCCACGCCCAACGCAAUCACUCCAACCCACAACCACCACCACCACCGCAACAAUGCAGUCCGGAAUAUCAGCCUCCCAAGAGCUGCACACAGCCUUUGCAACCCUCACAAGCGACAGCACGCAGCGGGCGCUCCUCGCCACCAUCAAAGACGAGGCCCUCGUGCCGUCGGACACCAUCGCGGCACAGGGGGACUUCCUGUCGGACCUCUCGCUGCUCGCGCCGCACCUCACCCCCAACGCCGCGCUCUACAUCCUGCUGCGGCUCGACAGCCCCGGGGCCAACAACGGCGUCUGCGCCGGAAUAACGUACGUGCCGGACGCGGCGCCCGUGCGGCAAAAGAUGCUGUUCGCGUCGACGCGGCUGACGCUCGCGCGCGAGCUCGGCGGCGACCAGUUCGCGGAAACGUUUUUCGCGACGACGGCCGAGGAGCUGAGUGCCGAAGGGUGGAAGCGGCAUUUGGCGCAUGUGAGCGACGAGGCGCCGUUGACGCAGGAGGAGCUCGACCUGCGGAAUAUCAAGGAGGCCGAGGCGCUGGAGAGCCAUGGGACGGGUGCCCGUAGGGUCCAGACGAGUGGCCAUCUUAGCAUGCAGGUCCAGGAGGGCGUGGUGGAGGCGCUGAAGAGGCUGGGGGAGGGCGGCGAGGAGAAUCUCGUCCAGCUCAACAUCGACGUCCCGACCGAAACGAUCCAGCUCGCCUCCAGCAGCACCGCCACCGCCUCCACGCUCCGCAGCGCCAUCGCGCCCCACGAACCCCGCUACUCCUUCUACCGCCACACGACCGCCGACGCGCCCCUGCUAUUCAUCUACACCUGCCCGCCGACGUCCAAAGUCAAAGAGCGCAUGGUCUACGCCGCGUCGCGCGGCUUCGCCGUCCACCUCGCCGAGCACGAGGCCCAGCUCGCCAUCGCCAAGCGCCUCGAGUUCAGCAGCCCAGAGGACAUCGACGAGGGCGCUGUCGACGAGGAGUUUGCGCCGCGCGAGGAGAAGAAGGCCGGGUUCUCGAAGCCGAAGAGGCCGGGGAGGCGUUAGGUGCUGUCUGUGUUGGGGGUGGGGGGGACGCCGCUUGAUGCUUCAUGCUUGAUGGUAGAGUGCGCGUUGUGCCUACUACAUAGCGUGGUUAUAGAUGCUGUGUCUCGAGAUUUUUACUGGCCUUGGUCUGCCGACGUAGCGUGCCUAUACAAAUAGAGUAUCCCGCCAAUUGCGCAAGAGAAACGAAGAAAACAGGUACCGUGCGCCAUGCACAGCGCGCAUAGAAAGCAGAAAGAAAGACAAAUCUCUCAGUUCAGUUCAGCCGCACAAGAAGCAACACCAACAUCAAACAUCAACAACACGUAGCCCAUGCCACCAACCCCACCGCAAGCCCAAAAAGGAUGAGGAUAUGUAGUUCUCUUCUUGACAAAGUAUCAAAUACAUACAGAUAGUAUCAGCCCCCC